AUGCUGCUGCAGCAGGCGUCGUCGUCGCCUGGUCCCAGCGGCACGGCCAGUCCUAAAUUCGUUCCCAGUCCUAGACCGAAUCCAAGCCCUAAUUUUAAUUCCAGACUGACUGGUAGUCCCAGUUUAAGUGAUGGAGUCUCAAACACGAGUAGUCCUAAAUUGGGCGGCAAUAGUCCUAAGUUGGGCGCCAACAGUCCCAAGUUGGGCGCCAGCCCAAAGUUUGGGAGCCCGAGACUGGGGGCUGGGAGUUUUCGAUGUAGGACCGUCACGGAAGAUGAUGCGGCACUGGAAAGGAUUCAAAUGGAGUUGAAGGAAGGCUGGACGGUGCACACGGGGAGAGAUGGCAGACUGUAUUAUUGCAAGUAA